CGUGGGAAAUGUAAAACGUGUUGCGCCCCGCCCCCACCGCUCAAAGCCAAACGGGAAAUUAGAGCAAAGUUUCACGAUUUGUACAAUUAGCGUUAAAACAUUUAAACAUUUUAUUUUAUCCCCCCCCCCUCUCUCUCCAAACCGUACUACCCGAAGGUGUUUUACAAACCGGUGAAGAGAAGCGUGUACUUUGUGCACCCAGUAUGUGUUAAACCUUAGGCUCCUCGUCUUGCGAUUGACUGGCGGUGAAUGAAUUGUAAACACAAUUUUCCUCGUGGAAGAUUUAAAGAAGCGGGCUUUUACAAUGGGCGACGCAAAUGAAGAGGACACGUUUAAAAUAUUGAUUGCCACCGACAUCCACUUGGGAUACAUGGAGAAGGAUGCAGUGCGUGGCAAUGACACGUUUGUGACGUUCGACGAAAUCAUGGAGAUCGCGCAGUCAAAGGACGUGGACUUCGUGCUGCUCGGCGGAGACUUGUUCCACGAGAACAAGCCAUCCCGCCGGGCGAUGCACGCCUGCAUGGAGACUCUGCGCAAGUACUGCAUGGGCGACCGCCCCGUCACCUUUGAAGUGUUGAGCGACCAAGCGGUGAACUUCGGCGGGAGCAAGUUCCCUUGGGUCAACUAUGCGGAUCCAAACCUGAACAUCUCCAUCCCUGUGUUCAGUGUUCAUGGGAAUCAUGAUGACCCUACAGGGGCGGAAGGGCUGUGUGCACUGGACCUACUCAGCUGUUCCGGACUCAUCAACCACUUUGGCCGGGCGACGUCCUUAGAGAAGAUUGAGAUCAGCCCCAUCUUGCUGCAGAAAGGCUCCACGAAACUGGCUCUCUUUGGAUUAGGUUCCAUUCGUGACGAGCGGCUCCACCGCAUGUUCGUCAAGGGCGACGUGCUGAUGCUGCGGCCCAAGGAAGACAAGGAUGAGUGGUUCAACCUUUUCGUCAUUCACCAGAACAGGUCAAAGCACAGCGCCACCAACUACAUCCCGGAGCACUUCCUCUAUAGCUUCCUGGACCUGGUGGUGUGGGGCCACGAGCACGAGUGCCUCAUCAAGCCCAUGCGCAACGAGCAGCGCUUGUUCUACGUCACGCAGCCCGGCAGCAGCGUCGUGACCUCCCUCUCUCCCGGCGAAGCAGUUGCCAAGCACGUGGGCAUCCUUCACGUGCACGGGAAGCGCAUGAACCUUCAAAAGAUCCCGCUGAAGACCGUUCGGCAGUUUUACAUUCAGGAUGUGGUUCUGCAGGACACAACCAUCAACCCUUCUCACCCCAAGGUCACUCAGAUGAUUGAAAACUACUGUUCUGAGAAGGUGGAAGACAUGCUUGAGCAAGCUGCAGCUGAGCGAUCGGGACACAGCAAACAGCCAGACCGGCCUCUGAUACGUCUGAGGAUUGACUACAGCGGAGGUUUUGAGCCAUUCAACACUCUGCGCUUCAGCCAGAAGUUUGUGGAACAUGUUGGGAACCCGAAGGACAUCAUUCACUUCUUCAGACAGAGGGAGAUGAAGGCCAGAACAGGGGACGAGAUGGAUUUCGGCCAGGCAUUCUCACACGUGGCCCAUGGGGAGAACACGCUGCGGGUGGAAGACUUGGUUAAAGAGUAUUUUAAAUCCGCCGAAAAGAACGUGCAGCUGGCGCUGUUGACGGAACGAGGAAUGGGUGCGGCGGUGCAAGAGUUUGUUGACAAGGAAGAAAAGGAGGCGAUCUCGGAGCUGGUCAAAGUGCAGCUCACGAAGACGCAGGAACAUCUGAAGAAAACGGAGGUGUCGUCAGUCGAUACCAUUGACGAAGAGGUGCGCCACUUCCGUGAAUCCUGCAAGAAAAACAUGCAAGAGGACGAGGACAUCAAAGAGGCAGUGAGCCGCUCCCGAGCAAUCAGACCCACUGGGGAGACGAGCGAUCACGACGAUGACGACCAAGACGAUGAGGAGAGGGCAGACGAGGUCCGAACUCCUACGAGCAGGGGUCGAGGCAAGGGCAGCAGGGGACGGGCCAGAGGUCAGGGGUCGGCGGGCACAAGGGGCAGGACGCUGAGAGGAGGUCGGGGCAGCCGCGGCAAGGCCGGCGGGUUCGGUUUGGACUUUCACAAUGAGCCCCCCCCCAGUGCCAGACGCAAGGCCCCGGCAGCAAACGUCGCCCCACAAUCCACCAUUGACGCAAUGUUUACAACUUCGACACAAAAGCCUUCCAGGUCGGCAUCUGUUACGAAGAAAUACAACCCGCCCGUACAGAUAAGUGACAGUGAGAGUGAAACUGAGCUGCUUUCUGCAUCCCCAAAGAGAAGCAGUGAGAGGAAUCGAAAUGAGGUCACCGGGCCCGCGGGAAGUUCCAGAGCUCCUUCUGGCUCCUACAGGACGAGCUCGCAGAGCCACAGAGGCGUCAUGUUUGACGACGACGACGACGAGGAUGAAGACUAUAAUCCUUUCAAAUAGAAACAGGGCACGUCGAAGGAAGAAAUUGUUCAGUUUGGAAUCCGUGUUAAAUCUUUUCCUCUACAUUAUAGCCUUGGGUAUGAGGGUGGCUGGGGGCUGCUUGAGGAGCUCAUGAAGGCAACGUUUCGCCAGGGUCCCAGAUUCACAUCAGGCUGGCCGUUCGCGGUUUAAACGUUCGCACGUGGGGAGUGUCGAUCGCCUUUAUCUGAUCACCAAAUGUCGGCGGAAGAAAUAAAAAUGAAAAAAAAAACACCAACGUGUGAUUUUUUUUCUCAUUGCUCAAGGUAACCUCUUUGAGAUUCGGAAGGCCGGUGUGUCCUAAAUCAAUCGGAUUAAAUAGGGUGUGACACGUGUCAUCGAACAUGAAAGGCGUGUCACCCACCUUGUGCUGAGCGAGGCCGAGUGAAGUGACUCCCGAAGUAGCUUUGCGUCUUAUUGAUACCACCUGGCACGAUGUGAUGCUGCGCUGACUGAGGGAGUCUCAAGAAGGGGGAGGCAGGGGGAGUUUUUUUUUUUUACCAACCUGACCUUGACCACCUUGAUACGAAAUAAUCGUUUGCGUUGUUGUUUGGGAAUUCUUUAUGACAGAAUAAAUAGGCAGACGGUAUGUCUCCACAUAUCCGUCUGGCCACGUAAAAACAAAAGCAAGCAUAAAAAUCUUACACAACCCAUCAGCCGCACGGCCUUCUGGGAGUGCAUAAUCUCAUCAGUAUUGUUUCACCAUAAGCAAAAAUUCUGAACCGGUUUUAACACCCACAGUAUGCUGACAAAUUGGUGAUACAGUCGCUAAUGUGACCCUCUGUCUUGCAUCAUGCCCACUUGGUGGAGCUGCUACGACUUGUUGGCAUUUAAUCCUGUCCCAUCCCUUUCCCAUUUUGAUGACGUACGUGUACGUCAUCAAAAGAACUAAAAUAAAUUAAAUGUCGGUACAUCAUGAGGUCGGAAGACGUACCGAGGCUCCCACAAGGCCAUGCGGGAGGGCGCUUGGCACAGUUUGGCGCCAGCUAUCGUAGGGUUGCGGUCGUGUCGCUAGAGUUUUCUGCAGCCUCUCUAAAUAAAAUUAACGCUCAACCACUUGCGCGUUCAAUGAUUCAGCGGCGAACGGAACCAACGCCCACCCUGCAACUUGCCGAUGUCUCGGAACGCUAAAGGGUUAAGCUGGCGCCCUCGCACACAAGCUGCGCAGCUUCGUAGUGCGUGCGGUCUGCUCUCCAUAGGACGUCAAUCUGUUCGGCGUGAUAACAGAGUGGUGGGCAAUGCGACGACUGCCUGCCUGCUGGAAAAGUUAUCAAAUGUGGGUUUUGUUGGGACUCAUGAGACAACUAAAUUUAUGUAAAAAAAACAUUUCACCCUUAAAAGCGUGUGCGCGGAAAAGCGUGCUUCCUAUUGUUACGUGGUCGGAAACUAUAAAUCUGGUCAAAAGUUGAGAAUGGAGUAAUGUGAAUGUCUCACAAGAAAAGGCGAGGACUUUGGAAAGGAAGGUCAUGGUGUUCGUGGAAAUCGUGAAUUUGAAUAAAGGCUAAAGUAACAUUUUUGAA